ACAGGGGGUGAGGGCAGUGACAGCAUCCAGGGCUCUGCCUGCCCCCACCUGCUUCUGCCAUCCCGCCAUCAUGGGGAGUGCUUACCACUGGGAGGCCCGUCGCAGGCAGAUGGCUUUGGACCGGAGGAGGUGGUUGAUGGCGCAGCAGCAGGAGCAGCAGCAGCAGCAGCAGGAGCAGCAAGAGCAGGAGCAGCAAGAGCAGGAGCAGCAAGAGCAGGAGGAACUCCAAUCUGAGGACAAACCCCAGCCACUUCUGGAGUCUCAGCAGGAGCAGCAGCGGCCACUAGGGCGGCUAUGGGCACAGCCACAUCUGCGGGCGCCUUCCAUCCAAGUGCAGGCGACCCGGCUACGUCUCCUGGAACAGUCUCAGAUCCCGCCACCGCCGCCAAGGCCACAGAAUGCCCAAGACCCUCUUAGUCAGUGCACCUCCGCGUGCGUUCUACAGGAUUCCCGAAGGUCAGCUCCUCAGCAUGGCUGGGUGAGGGUCCGUCAAUUGCUAGGGCAAUCCAACUUUAACAGAUUCCCGGGAGGCACAAAAAUUCUUCAAAACGCUGGUUUCAGGAAACCAUUCCAAUCUAAUCCAGAUAAACACACGGAGUACUCACGAUUCACGUCAACGAAUUACAUACAGCAGUGGUGAUCCAGAGAUAGACCCCCACCCCCACUGGCUAUCAGCAAAGAAAGAAAGAAAGAAAAGAAGAAAGAAAGAAAAACCCAGAUGAUCAGCCCUGCACUUUCAACCCUGGCAGCAUCUCCACUCCAAAGGCCACCCCCUCCUGAUUCACUCUAGAAGAGAAGGCUAGCUAGGAAUAAAAUGUGAUGUCCCUCUGAAGAGAAUGAA